AUGACAGUGGACCACAACUUCUCCCUACUACCUCGGAUCAUCAAUGGCAGUAUAGCCGGGAUAGUUGGAGUCACUUGUGUGUUCCCUAUAGACCUGGUCAAAACCAGGCUGCAGAACCAGCAGCCAGGACCCCAAGGUCAACUCUUGUACAAAAGCUUACCAGACUGUGCUGUGAAGACCUUCCGUAAUGAGGGAUUCUUUGGCAUGUACAGAGGGUCAGGGGUGAAUCUUCUGCUCAUUACCCCAGAGAAGGUCAUCAAGCUGGUGGGGAAUGACUUCUUCAGAUACCACUUGUCCGCAGCAGAUGGUAGCCUGUCUCUGAUCCGAGAAGUUGCUGCUGGAGCCUCAGCCGGGAUGUGUCAGAUUGUCAUCACAACCCCCAUGGAGCUUCUCAAGAUCCAGCUUCAGGAUGCUGGACGAAGUGCCACCGUCGACCUGACUGCGGAAGCUGGUAAAGCUAAUCCCGUUGUGGCAGCUGUUGUCAAACCCCAGCGACUCUCGGCCACCAGGAUCACCCUUGACCUCCUGAAGACCAGGGGCAUCAUGGGAUUGUACCAAGGCUGCGGAGCCACAGCUCUCAGAGACGUCACAUUUUCUGCUGUCUACUUCCCUUUGUUUGCCAAUCUGAACAAAUUAGGGAAGCGCAGAGAGGGAAGUGACCAGGCCGUGUUCUAUCAUUCUUUCAUCUCUGGUUGUGCUGCCGGCUGCACUGCUUCAUUUCUGGUGACACCUUUUGAUGUUGUAAAGACCCGGCUGCAAACCCUGAGCAAAGGAAAAGGAGAACGCACUUACACUGGCAUCAUUGACUGCUUUUCGAGUGUGUUGAAGAAUGAAGGUCCUAAAGCCCUCCUCAAAGGUGCCUUCUGCCGUAUGCUGGUGAUUGCUCCACUCUUUGGCAUUGCACAGACGGUCUACUAUCUGGGAGUAGCUGAGUUCUUACUAGGACUGCAUAAACCAUAA